GUGGAGAUCAGGGUUUAGGUCAUCGUGGAGAUCAGGGUUUAGGUCAUCGUGGUGAUCAGGGUUUAGGUCAUCGUGGAGAUCAGGGUUUAGGUCAUCGUGGAGAUCAGGGUUUAGGUCAUCGUGGUGAUCAGGGUUUAGGUCAUCGUGGAGAUCAGGGUUUAGGUCAUCGUGGAGAUCAGGGUUUAGGUCAUCGUGGUGAUCAGGGUUUAGGUCAUCGUGGAGAUCAGGGUUUAGGUCAUCAUGGAAAUCAGGGUCAAAAUCGUUGUAAAAGGGUCAAGAAAAAGAGACAUGGGCCUUCGGAGUCCAGAUAUUGCAUGGAAGAUGUAAACCACAUUUUGGAAAAUGGAAACCACAAUGAAACUAUCGAAGCAUUGGAGAACCUAGAAUACGUUCUAGAGGAGACAGAGGUGGAGGAGACUACAUAUAUGUCUGUCAGCCGUUUGGUGGCCAUCCUGCACAAACCCAAAGGCCCCUUCGCAGGCCUUGAAAUUUAUGCCAAUGAGAAUGAGGCAGUGUCAGACAAGGCUAUCACCAACAGCAAAGUGAGAGUUCGACUACCGAGAGAACUAGAUGCUGGAUCAAACAACACCAUUGUGUUCUGCAUGCUUACCUGGCCUGAGGCAAAUGGGACCAUAUGGGGAACUGAAGGUGUAUUAUAUGAAAGCAGAUUGUUUGGCCUGAGUGUGCGGGGCAAGAACAUUUCAGGACUACAGGAAUAUGUCAACAUCAUAGUGAAUCUUACUGAAAAUGAAAACAAAGAACCACGCUGUGUAUUCUUUAACUUUACAACAGAGGAAUUCAGCAGUGAUGGCUGUCAAACGGUGUGGAAACGUGGUCAGGUCAACUGCUCCUGUGACCACCUCACAUACUUUGGUGUACUGAUGGUGUCUCCUUCUUUCUCACCUAAAGACCAGGAGAUUCUGACAUACAUCACUCUGAUUGGCUGUAGUCUUUCUCUUGUUACCCUGGUCAUCACUGUUCUGCUCUUCAUCACAAACAGAAAAGUCAGAGCAGAUGUUUCUAUGAAGGUCCACAUAAACCUGGCCAUUGCCCUGAUCUUCCUCAACCUGCACUUCCUCCCGAGCCAGACGGUGGCAGCACUGUCCUCCAAUGGGCUUUGCCUUUACAUGGCUCUUGCUCUUCACUACUCCCUGCUGGCCACUUUCAGCUGGAUGGCCCUGGAGGGGUUCCACCUCUACCUUCUCUUAGUCAAAGUCUUCAACAUCUACGUCAGGAAAUACUUGCUCAAACUCAGCAUGGUGGGAUGGGGUGUCCCUGCAGUCAUUGUAUCCUUGGUGGUCAUCAUCGACAGAAGCUCUUAUGGGCGUGUUCCUCUGGACUUAACUAACCCCAACAGCACUGAAAUAUGCUAUAUAGGGAAUACCACAGUGAAGAUGGUGACUACAGUGGGAGUAUUUGGCUUGGUGUUUGUCUUUAACGUGAUCAUGUUAGGGGUGACAGUGAGACGCAUUGUGAGUCUCCGCCACUGCAAGGAGUAUGGGCAGAGUGACCGUGACAGAGCCAAGCGAGACAUCUGCACCAUGCUGGGAGUUACCACUCUGCUUGGCAUUUCCUGGGGCCUGGUCUUCUUCUCAUUUGGCCACCUGACCACUCCUGGCCUCUACUUCUUUUGCAUCCUGAACUCACUUCAAGGUUUCUUCAUCUUCCUGUGGUUUUUGAUGUCUUUGAGAAAGACUGGAAAUCCACCCACUAAGACGAGCUCUGAAACACGUAGCACCAACAGCUAAGACUCAAGCCAACACACCAAGACAUGUUUGGUUUUGUGUGUGCAUGCAUGUGUGUGAUUGGGGGAUUUUUACAGAAAUACUGUCUAGUUUGCAGUUAUUAUUUAUGCCUAAGAUCAUAAUGUUUAUAUAUAAAAAAAAAUGUAGCAGAGAAGUAAAACUGCUAGUUAAAACAAAGUCAUCCAGGUGACUCUAAUAUUAAAUGUCAAAUAUUUUUAUUAUUGAAAGUUUCAGUGGGAAUUUUUUUUUCAUCAGUGUCAUAACCAGGUGUGCUAAUAUAAACUUUGUCUUGAGGGGUUUAUUAAUACUCUCAACCUUAGGAGUUUGUCUUCUUCUUUAUGUGCACAACUGUGUGAACCUGCAAAAAACAAGCAAAAAAAUGUUAUUUGAACAAUGGACUGUCUUCGUGGAAUUGACACACCCUGAGAAUCCUUGCUCUUUAUCUACAAAGAACACUCAGAAGAUGUUAAGAGGUUGUCAUUCAUAACUUGUCUUAGCCCUCACCAAAAUAAGUUUGCUAUUGUACUCUGCAUCCUCUAAACUUAAAUGCCUAGUGCAAGUGUAACCUGUAAUUGUGUAGAUUCAUCGCAAGAUAUCUGGACACUAUCCAACACCAUCCCUGAAGCGAAUUCUAAUGCAACAUAAGUAAUAUGGUUAAGCAUUUAUACCUUUUUCCCAUUUCAGGGAGUGUGACAUGGGUCUUUACCAUCUCAUGCUUCUAGAGACAAUGGUGCAGUAAGGAACGACAGUUCAGGUAGAGAGACAAUGCAUCAAGCAGUGGCUUGUCCAGAGGUGAAAAGGGAAACAGUAAAUGGUGCAGAUUUGAUUUCCUAAUUUAAAGCACCAGCCCAGUCACCAGCAGAAAAAUAUUACCAUUAUACAUUUGUGCAAACCACAGAUACAUUACAUUUCUAUAUUUUGUACUUGUCAACAUUUCUGAAGUGUCAUCAUUGUUAUUGCGUGCCAACUGUCAUCAGGACUUGGAUGGGAUGGUGGAUGAUAUGAAACCCCACUGCACACCACUGUUCGAGAUCAAUGUGCAACAGAACUGGUCAUUUUUUAGGGCGACAUCGACAGCAUUUCCAGCUGUGAUAGUGACAAUACUUUUAUUCAAUACAUAUUCUUUUCCGACAUAUAACCAAGUAGUUUUGUGCCUAAACAUAGCUACACAUUAACUGCAGCAUAUUGAAAUGUAAAAGAACACAGAGCUUAAACAUAUCCGCUACAUAAUAUCAUAAAAAUGUUAUUCAUCCGUACUAAGAAAUGUACAAUGCCAACAUUUAUUCUGGUGAUUGGGUUGAAGGCACACAAUUGCUUUAAUGCACUGCGUCCAGAUGUGAUAUCUGAUCUGACACUGACUGAGUGCUAUAACAGAGCAUAUUUUCUUUGAGUGUAGAUUCUGUCUGCCUACAGGAAAUAGUCUAUUGCGUAUGUUGUAUAUUUGUGAACAUUUUCAUCAUGUAUAUGUAUUAAAACUUUAGUUGGCA